AGAUGCUCUUAAUAAGCAAAAUUUUAAUUACCCUUACAAUAAAGAAAAGUAGAAAAAAUUGAAUAUAAAUAUAGAAUUAAAACACACGCCUCCUACCUUGAACAAAACAUUCCACUUGUGAUUACUGUGAUCACACCUCCAAUUUACAACUCAGAAAAAUUUCAAUUCAAGGUUCCGGUAUUCUGAAAUCCCAUGGCGGCAGCUGGUGAGCCUCUGUACCCAAUUGUUGUUCUGAUCGAUGAGCUUAAGAAUGAGGACAUUCAGCUAAGAUUGAAUUCUAUCCGCCGGCUUUCCACAAUUGCUCGGGCACUUGGGGAGGAGAGGACCCGGAAGGAGCUGAUCCCGUUUAUGAUUGAGAAUAAUGAUGAUGAUGAUGAAGUACUUCUUGCAAUGGCUGAGGCUGUGGGGAAUCUUAUUCCAUAUGUUGGUGGAGUUGAGCACGCUAGUGUGUUGCUUGCACCAUUAGAAGGUCUUUGCAGUGUUGAAGAGUCUUCCGUUAGGGAAAAGGCCGUUGCGUCUCUCUGUCAGAUUGGUUCCCAGAUGAGGGAAUCAGACUUGGUGGAGUUUUUUGUACCUCUAGUGAAGAGACUGGCAGUGGGUGAAUGGUUUACAGCUCGAGUUUCUUCGUGCGGAUUGUUUCACAUAGCUUACCCUAGUGCCCCAGAGAACAUAAAAAAUGAGCUCAGAACCAUUUAUGGCCAAUUAUGUCAAGAUGACAUGCCCAUGGUGAGAAGAGCGGCUGCAACAAAUCUUGGAAAGUUUGCUGCUACAGUUGAACCUUCCCAUUUGAAGACUAAUAUCAUGUCAAUGUUUGGAGAUCUCACUCAGGAUGAUCAGGAUUCUGUUCGACUAUUGGCUGUUGAGGGUUGUGUAUCUAUAGGAAAACUGUUGGGUCCCCAAGAUUGUGCCUCCCAAAUUCUCCCUGACAUAAUUAAUUUCUCUCAGGAUAAGUCAUGGCGUGUUAGGUACAUGGUCGCUAAUCAACUAUAUGACCUUUGUGAAGCAGUUGGGCAAGAAGCUACCAGGACCGAACUGGUGCCUGCUUUUGUUCGGCUGCUUCGCGAUAAUGAGGCUGAAGUACGUAUAGCUGCUGCAGGGAAAGUAACUAAGUUCUGUGCGAUUGUUAACCCAGAGAUUUCGAUCCAGCAUAUUCUCCCUUGCGUCAAAGAACUGUCAAAUGAUUCUUCCCAGCAUGUGCGUUCUGCUCUGGCUUCUGUUAUAAUGGGAAUGGCACCUGUUUUAGGGAAGGAUGGGACGAUAGACCAACUUCUUCCAAUAUUUCUAUCCCUUUUGAAAGAUGAGUUUCCUGAUGUGCGUUUGAAUAUUAUCAGCAAGCUUGAUCAAGUGAACCAGGUGAUUGGUAUCGAUUUGCUAUCUCAGUCCCUGCUGCCUGCUAUUGUGGAGCUUGCAGAGGAUAAACACUGGAGAGUGAGGCUUGCAAUAAUAGAAUACAUACCUUUGUUGGCAAGUCAGUUAGGGGUCCAAUUUUUUGAUGAUAAACUUGGUGCCCUUUGCAUGCAAUGGUUGAAGGACAAGGUUUAUUCCAUUCGAGAAGCAGCUGCAAACAAUGUGAAGCGUCUUGCAGAAGAAUUUGGCCCUGAAUGGGCAAUGCACCACAUAAUUCCUCAGGUGCUAGAAAUGAUCAACGACCCUCAUUAUCUUUAUCGAAUGACCAUCCUAAGUGCAAUAUCUCUUGUUGCUCCAGUAUUGGGAUCAGAAAUAACUUGUUCUAAACUUCUGCCUGUGAUUGUAACUGCAGCAAAAGACAGGGUACCAAAUAUCAAGUUUACUGUGGCAAAGGUGCUGCAGUCUCUAAUCUCUGUGGUUGAUCAUUCGGUUGUGGAGAACACUAUCCGCCCUUGCUUGGUUGAACUCACGAAUGACCCAGACGUGGAUGUAAGGUUUUUCGCGAACCAGGCCUUGCGGGCAAUAGAUCAAGUCAUGAUGUCCACUUAAAGGAAAACAACUCUUUUCUAUUACUGAACGCAGAUUAGGGCCAAGGACUAGACAAUAGGAGCUGCAUUUCCGACGUAUAAUCAAGGAACCCGAUAUUCUGAGCUUCAACAUCAACGAGGGUGAAGGUGAAGACUGCAAAGAGAUAUGCUUCCCAGACGAAGAAUCCGACUUGGAAUACUUAGACCAUCUCCAAUGGUACACCAAAUCCCAUUUUGGUGUACUAAAAUCUCUCCAAUGGUACACUAAACUCAAACCCAAAAUGAGUUUGGGGCCACUAUAUGAAUAGUAUUACACCAAAUUUGGUGUGACAUAUUCACUACACCAAAACACUUUAUAGAAUUUUAGGAAUUGCAAACUAACCCCUCUUCUUGCUAGAUAUUGAGAAUCCGUCGAAUUGAGUGUUGCAUGCCAGUGGUGAAGAAUACGUUCUGACGAAGAUGCUCUGUGUUUUCUCAAAAUGAAGAAGACGAAUUUUUCAAUUUUGUAGUACUAUGCACUUAAUUAUAAUUUAGGGUUGUGUAUCUAAAUUUAUUGGGCUCCUACAAUGGGCUCUCAAUAAUUCUUUUGUUUUGUUAAUUUCGUAGCUUUUUGUUUUGAGGAAUGAAAGUUAAUUUAUUUUGUUUUGUUAA